GUUGAUUCCAAAGACUACAAUAUCAAUUUUUGCACUUUUGCAGAAAUAAAUUGGCCGGCAAAAAUACUUAGUUUGCAUUCGAUAAAUGAUCGUGAAACCCAUUUUUCGAGCAAUAUUGAGCACCAGCGCACAUUUUAAAAUCAAUAUUUCAUCCGUAACUAUGUGUUCAAAUCCUCUAAGUCUUGGUACGUUAGAUAAAUUUAGGAAUGAAUUCUACUCAAAUCCCAAGAAUGAGUUGGCACAGAAUGCCUGCGCCCGGUUUGAUCCGUUCGAAGUUGCUAUCAGCAAAAGAAGGACAGAUGCAUCCUUGCAUGUUUACAAUAUUAAGAUUGAGUCGGAGGGCAAGCCGGUGACGAACCAAGAGAACACGGGACGGUGCUGGCUGUUUGCCGCGCUCAAUGUCAUGAGGCUGCCGUUCAUGAAGAAGUAUUGUAUAGAUGAAUUUGAAUUCUCACAAAGUUACUUAUUCUUUUGGGACAAGAUUGAGCGGUCUCACUACUGGCUGAACAAUAUUGUCACCACGGCCAGACAAGGCGAGAAGUUAGAUGGACGUCUAGUCAACUUUUUACUUAAGGAUCCAAUAAACGACGGCGGCCAAUGGGACAUGGUAGUGAAUUUAGUUAACAAAUACGGUCUGAUGCCCAAGAAGUGCUUCCCGGAGACCUUCAGUUCGAGGCGGAGUUUACACAUGAACGCGCUCAUUAAAACUAAGUUGCGGGAAUAUGCCAAAGAAUUGCGCGACAAAGUGUCUUCCAACGCGUCAGACGAAGACAUACAGUGCACCAUAGAUAAGCAAAUAGCUGUCAUCUACAAUAUCGUUGGCACGUGCCUGGGUAUACCACCAGAAAAGUUCACAUUCGAAUUCUACAACAAGGAAAAGGCCUACAACACGUUUGGAUCCCUCACCCCUCAAGAGUUCUACAAUAAACAUGUCCGUCCACUGUUUAACGUCGAUGAUAAGGUGUGCCUCGUGAGCGACCCGCGCGAGUCCAACCCGUUCGGAAAUCUGUACACGCUGGAAUGCCUCGGCAACAUGGUGGGCGGGCGACAGACGGCCUACAACAACCAGCCCAUCGAAACGCUUAUCAAAGUAGUCAAGGACAGUAUACAGGGUGGGGAAGCGGUGUGGUUUGGCAGCGAAGUCUCAAAAAGAUUCGAGCGGAAAAAUGGACUGGAAGACUUGGAUGCGCAUGACUUCCGGUUGGUGUUCAACACAGAGGUGCAAGUGGGCCUGAACAAGGCAGACCGACUGCUCUAUGGGGACUCGUGUAUGACUCACGCUAUGGUGUUCACCGCCAUAGGAACCGAUGAGAGUGGCAACCCCGUGAAGUUCCGCGUGGAGAACUCGUACAGCGACAAGGAUUACGACAAAGGUUACUUGCUGCUCACCGCGCCCUGGUUCCGGGAGUUCGUGUUCGAGGUGGUGGUGGACAAGAAAUAUGUUCCCGAGGAAGUGCUAAGCGUGUUCAAGCAGGAAGCCAAAGUCCUGCCCGCCUGGGAUCCCAUGGGAACGCUCGCCUGCCCAGUUUGCUCUAAGCAAUAACAUCGGCCUAUAUGUCACCUAUGUGGUCUUAUUUUAAUAGUCAUAAAUACAAAUUACAAUAUUAUAUUAGGCCCACUCGUAAGUCCCCGAGGAAGUUCUAAGCAGGUUCAAGCAGGAAGCCAAAGUUUUGCCUGUCUGGGAUCCCAUGGGAACGCUUGCCUGCCCAGUUUGCUCUAAGAAUAACAUCAGCUUAUAAUGUGUUUGUAUGCAAUUGAAGUAUAAAAGUUCUAUAUAAUUAUGUGCGUUGGGCAAUUUCUGAUGGGAAAAAACUUCAAGAUCGCAUCACCGACGUGUUAACAUGAUAAUACUUAAUAGUGCUCGGAGUGCCUGUAGAUAUAAAAACUAAACUGAUAUCAAACAAAUGAAUUAGAAGCUAAAGGGGGUACAUUAAACAUGUAUAUAGGACAUUAUGUGUAAUUAACUCUGGAUUUUACUGAAUAACAUAUUAUUAAGGAAAGAUUCAUGCUAUGAAGAGCACAGGCCGCGCUGUGCUUAGCACGAAUUAUUAACCAACCAUAGAUAAGAUUAGGUCUAUUCACACUAUGUUGUUAUCAAUGAUUGUCAAUGGAUAUUUAAUGGUUUUAGCACAAUUUUUUACUGUACAUACCUAAUAAUAUUGUUACUGUACAUUUUAUACUAAUAAAAUACUACAAACGUUA